AUGGCAGAGUUCGAGUUUUUCGACGAAGGGGAGAGCGACUGGCGCCAAACUGCAGUAGAGAAGUUCACCCGUUUGGAGGUGGAGGCGUCAUGCCACACCCCUGCCCUCAUCCCACCCCCAUCCCUGUCGCUCAGCCACACCCCUGCCCUCAUCCCACCCCCAUCCCUGUCUCUAAGCAACACCCCUGCCCUCAUCCCACCCCCAUCCCUGUCUCUCAGCCACACCCCUGCCCUCAUCCCACCCCCAUCCCUGUCUCUCAGCCACACCCAUGCCCUCAUCCCAUCCCCAUCCCUCCACACCCCUGCCCUCAUCCCACCCCCAUCCCUGUCGCUCAGCCACACCCCUGCCCUCAUCCCAACCCCAUCGCUGUCUCUCAGCCACACCCCUGCCCUCAUCCCACCCCCAUCCCUGUCUCUCAGCCACACCCCUGCCCUCAUCCCACCCCCAUCCCUGUCUCUCAGACACACCCCUGCCCUCAUCCCAUCCCCAUCCCUGUCUCUCAGACACACCCCUGCCCUCAUCCCACCCCCAUCCCUGUCUCUCAGCCACACCCCUGCCCUCAUCCCAUCCCCAUCCCUGUCUCUCACCCACACCGUUGCCCUCAUCCCACCCCCAUCCCUGUCUCUCAGACACACCCCUGCCCUCAUCCCACCCCCAUCCCUGUCUCUCAGCCACACCCCUGCCCUCAUCCCACCCCCAUCUCUGUCUCUCACCCACACCGUUGCCCUCAUCCCACCCCCAUCCCUGUCUCUCACCCACACCCCUGCCCUCAUCCCAUCCCCAUCCCUGUCUCUCACCCACACCGUUGCCCUCAUCCCACCCCCAUCCCUGUCUCUCACCCACACCCCUGCCCUCAUCCCAUCCCCAUCCCUGUCUCUCAGACACACCCCUGCCCUCAUCCCACCCCCAUCCCUGUCUCUCAGCCACACCCCUGCCCUCAUCCCAUCCCCAUCCCUGUCUCUCAGACACACCCCUGCCCUCAUCCCAUCCCCAUCUCUGACACACCCCUGCCUUACCCCACCCCAAUCCCUGUCUCUCACCCACACCCCUGCCCUCAUCCCACCCCCAUCCCUGUCUCUCAGCCACACCCCUGCCCUCAUCCCACCCCCCAUCCCUGUCUCUCAGCCUCACCCCUGCCCUCAUCCCACCCCCAUCCCUGUCUCUCACCCACACCGUUGCCCUCAUCCCACCCCCAUCCCUGUCUCUCAGCCACACCCCUGCCCUCAUCCCACCCCCAUCCCUGUCUCUCAGCCACACCCCUGCCCUCACCCCACCCCCAUCUCUGUCUCUCAGCCACACCCCUGCCCUCAUCCCACCCCCAUCUCUGUCUCUCAGCCACACCCCUGCCCUCAUCCCACCCCCAUCUCUGUCUCUCAGCCACACCCCUGCCCUCAUCCCACCCCCAUCCCUGUCUCUCAGCAACACCCCUGCCCUCAUCCCAUCCCCAUCUCUGUCUCUCACCCACACCGUUGCCCUCAUCCCACCCCCAUCUGUCUCUCAGCCUCACCCCUGCCCUCAUCCCACCCCCAUCCCUGUCUCUCAGCCUCACCCCUGCCCUCACCCCACCCCCAUCUCUGUCUCUCAGCCUCACCCCUGCCCUCAUCCCACCCCCAUCCCUGUCUCUCAGCCACACCCCUGCCCUCAUCCCAUCCCCAUCCCUGUCUCUCACCCACACCCCUGCCCUCAUCCCAUCCCCAUCCCUGUCUCUCAGACACACCCCUGCCCUCAUCCAUCCCCAUCUCUGACACACCCCUGCCCUCACCCCACCCCCAUCUCUGUCUCUCAGCCACACCCCUGCCCUCAUCCCACCCCCCAUCCCUGUCUCUCAGCCUCACCCAUGCCCUCAUCCCACCCCCAUCCCUGUCUCUCAGCCUCACCCCUGCCCUCAUCCCACCCCCAUCCCUGUCUCUCAGCCACACCCCUGCCCUCAUCCGAACCCUAUCUCUGUCUCUCAGCCACACCUCUGCCCUCAUCCCACCCCCAUCUCUGUCUCUCAGCCUCACCCCUGCCCUCAUCCCCCCCCCCCCCCGUCUCUUAGCCACACCCCUGCCCUCACCCCACCCCCAUCUCUGUCUCUCAGCCACAUCUCUGCCCUCAUCCCACCCCUAUCCCCGUCUCUGA